AUGUUUGAUACCGCGGCUGCACAUUCUGAACUCGACACAAUCCACCAGGUACAAAAUGCACUACUGGAAGCUCUCAGGAAAGAACAAACCAAGGGGCCACAGGCCAUAUCUGCUGCCUUAAACAGUAGCAUAUCCCAGCUGUACAAACUCGCAGUCUUUGUCCAUGAAAAUUUCAACUCGCCGAUUGGAGGCAGCCAUACUACUCCAUCAAGCAAGGCUUUGUUUCAUGAUGUAAGGGCAAGUUUUCAGCAGGUUGAGCAAGUUACAACUGGCACACUGGACGAGAUAUCCAGCAUAAAGGACAAGACUAUCGACCUGAACUCUACAAAAGUUGCAACAUUGCAGCAAAAUGUACAAGAAGCAAAGCAAUCUACUGACCUGAAUCUAAAAAACCUCGAGACGAGAAUUGCCCAAGCCUCCGAAGCGGUAGACACUUGGGGAAAGCAAGUAGAAACGUGUAAGGAAACUCUACAGGAGGCCGAAGAGAAGCUUCAGCAGGAUAGAGAAGCCCAGAGGGACGCAAAUAUUGGGCUGAGUAUUCUUAUACCAUGGUGGGGAAUAGCUGGUUUGAUCGAUCAUAAAUUAUCUCCCGGUAACGUCUUAGUUGACGUCGGUGCGCAGCAGCAAGCACUUCAGGAUGCAUAUAACACUUUUGUUUCCGUUAGGAAUAACCUACUCCAAGCGAAGAAGGAGCAGUCGGACUGCAUUAACGAUCAGAAACAGUUUGAUUCCCUCUUGGAGCAGCUUGGCGACUUGGCUCUUGCUCUUAGCCAGACUGCGAAAAAUAUUGACUCCAUGUCCGAAGCUAUAGGAAAAUUGAGACUGAGAGCUAUACAGGCGGUGCAAGUGGCGGAUGAGAUGUACAAUAACGCAGUUAUUGCCUCGGGGGAUGCGUUCUUCAUCAACGAGUUUGUCAAACCAAUCCUCGAGAUUUGUGAUCAAACCGUAGUGGAGCCCAACGUUGCACCCAAGCUUGAGGCAAUCUUGGAUGAACUGAGGCAGGCUUAUGGCAGAAACAAUAUCCCGGAAGAGCUGGCUACAAAGUUUGAUGAGAUCCAGGCGAAGGUUAAGCGAUUUAUCCCCAAGUCAUCUGAGCAAAAGUAG